GUAUUUUAGAAUUCGUCUUCUUCAGUCUGUUUUGACACUUUUAAAGCCUUUAUGUCUGGUUUGUUUUUAAAUAAAGUCUAAAUCACAGAAGAUGAUGGAAAAAACUGAUUCUGAAGUUUGCAGCCUAACACAGAGAAAUCUGGAUGGGUAUGUUGGUUUAGCCAACCUGCCAAGCCAAGUAUACAGGAAGUCGGUGAGGAGGGGCUUCGACUUCACGCUAAUGGUUGUGGGUAAGGCUGGACUGGGGAAAUCUACACUCAUCAACUCCUUGCUCCUGACUAAGCUGCCCUCCAUGGACAGCCAAGGAGCUUCUCAGCUUGUCCAGAAGACCAUGCAGAUAGAACAGUCCAAAGUUGUAGUGAAUGAGGAUGGUGUCCAGCUCACACUCACAAUUGUGGACACUCCAGGGUUUGGAGACGCUGUUGACAACAAUGACUGCUGGCAGCCUGUCAUUAACUACAUUGACAAUAAGUUUGAGGACUUCCUGAAUUCAGAGUCCAGGGUCAACCGUCGACGAAUGCCAGAUCACCGUGUUCACUGCUGUCUCUACCUCAUCUCCCCCUCAGGUCAUGGUCUGAAACCUCUGGAUGUAGAGUUCAUGAAACGCCUCCAGGACAAGGUCACCAUCAUCCCCCUCAUAGCCAAAGGGGAUACUCUUACUCCUGAGGAGUGUCAGCAGGUCAAGAAGCAGAUUAUACGGGACAUCCAAGAACACAAGAUCAAGAUAUAUGAGUUUCCUGACACAGGGCAGCAUGACGACCGCAAGCUCAUGUGUAAGAUCAAGGAGAGUAUGCCUCUGGCGGUGGUCUGCAGCAACAUGGAGGUUGCGAUGGACGGGAAGAAGGUCAGAGGUCGCCAGUACCCCUGGGGUGUGGCAAAAGUGGCCAAUGGAGAACGUUGCGCCUUCAGUGUCCUGCGUAAGAUACUCAUCAGAACUCAUAUGCAGGACCUGAAGGGCAUCACCAGCAGCAUCCACUAUGAGAACUACCGUACCAAGAAGCUGGCAGCACUGACCUGUAAUGGAGUGGGCGGAGCAAAUGCCAAAGAAGAGCUCAACAAAAGCCCUCUGGCUCACAUGGAGGCGGAGAGCAAUGAGCAUGUGCUGAGAUUGAAAAAGAUGGAGUCUGAGAUGCAGCAGGUCUUCGAGGCGAAGGUUAGGGAGAAGAAGCAGAAGCUGAAGGACUCUGAGCUGGAGCUGGAACGGCAUCAUGCGCAGAUGAAGAAGAGCCUGGUGGCUCAGUAUCAGGAGCUGGAGAAAAGGAGACAACAGUUCGAGCAGGAAAAACAGGCCUGGCAGAGACUGGAGGCAUACAGGUCAAUGGAAAAGAACAAGACGGGGGGGAAUUAUUUUAAAGCUACUUUAUUUCAAAACAACCAUGUAGAUUCCUGAAGAAAUCCUUGAAUUGAUCAUAGCUCAUCCGCCCAUGUGUUUGUAUGCAACCUCUAUGUUUGUCUGCUUAGGUGGACUGGUGUGACAGUGUAUCACAGUGAAGUUAAGGUUGGGGGGAAAUGCCAUAGCUCACAUAGAGAGGCCCCAUAAUUUAGUUGUCAUGGUAAUAAGUGCCCCUUGUCAUUGGGGAUAUGUGUAGUGGUCUUAAUGCACAAUUAAUGUUGUCAAAAACGCUAACAUUUAUGUGGAUGUUUUUGAGGGUACCGAUUUUACCGUGUACUUGCUUCAUUCACCAAUAAAAACACAAGCGAUCGUAGCAGGGUAGCUCUGCAGGUUAGGAGUCUGACCCUGUGUUCAGAAAGUCACUGGUUCAAAUACCACAGCUAACAAAGUAAUCAUAGCACCAUUGGGCACUUGAGCAAGGCAGCUAAUGGCAUUAGGUGCUCUCACCUGUCUAUGUGUAUCUCAUAGAAGAGAAGGUAAUAUAUAUAAAAAUUGAAUUUUGUUGUGCAUGCUACCUGUACAAUGACAAUAGUGGCAUUCUAAUUAAAAUCGACUU